CACACCAUACCCUACAAGCAGAUCUCUCUCAUGUUUCAGCUGGGGCCAUUAAUAGAGCGACUCGUGCCAACAGUCGUCUAACUCCACCAGUCAGAGUAACCUCAGAACACCACCAACUCGAAAUCCAUAUCCCAACCCGCCACCCCCGAAAGCCCCAAACUCAACCCCCUUUGCUAUUCUCGACACUGCCCGGCUGAGCCAAAGAGUAGGAACGAGAAACCCCCCCUAGAAUAUUAGGGUUUCCACAAAAAUCAGGCCCCCCGCGUUUUCACCUGCCAGCCCCUCUACCGUACCAUACUUUAAGUUCCCGGAAGCUCAAACCCCUCCAAAUCAUGAGCUGAGCGACCUGAGAUACUACAACCAUAAGAACAGCGGGAUGUCUUCAGCAAUAGCACUUUCGCCCCCUUCCACCGCAAACACGACCAAAUGUCAGAACUGUGGAGCAAAGCUACACACCGAUGAAGCACAACGUCGGAUCGCAGAGCUAGAGGCUCAAGUCCGCAUACUUAGCGAAAAGGCUACAAACGCAGUGGACAAGCUAGCUGAUUACGAAGACGAGUUGAAAGCAUUAAGAGGAAAACCUACUCCACCAUCCAGCUCCUCCUCUUCUUCGUCCUCCUUGACGUCAAAUGCCCCUUCCGGAAUCACCUCAGCGACAAAUAGAAUAUCCGCUUUCCUCACUGCUUCCUCGCGUGGGAGAGGUGGUCCCCCGCCCAGUCCGCCACCUGAUAAUAAUUCCACAGAUGUCCUUCUGGAAAAGGAACGGAAGGCCAGGGUCAAAGCUGAGGAACGCCUGGAGCAGGUCACGGGAGAGCUCGAGGAAUUAAGCGCGAGCUUGUUUCAGAGCGCGAACGAGAUGGUGGCCGACGAGCGGCGGCAAAGGAGCAAACUGGAAGAGAGAGUACGAAUGCUCGAAGGUCGGGACGCGGAGGUUAAGCAACGACUCGGCGUGCUUGAGGGCGCUGUGGAUAGGAUCGUUCGCGUGAGACAAGUCCUUGCAGUCUCGUAAUCACCUCGGGUAUUGCGGCCUCUAUUUGAUCGGGUUUGGUGCAGGCGUUGAAUUGUUACCUCUCUACGUGCAUAGUUUUGGGGAGUUUGGGGUUUUCAAAGCGUUUUCUUUCUCUCUGCUGAAGUGGGCUUUCUCAGUUUACUUGGUGUUCUAUAUCACAUAUCAUUUGUAGCUAGUGGAUGGUAAAUUCAUACCCCCGCGCCGCAAUCAUCCUGACUUCAGUGGUUUUUGUACGGCUGCAGUCAGCGAGAAAGCUUGGUCAACCAACUCUCUUUUACCUAUCCACGACUCAUAAUAGAACUCAACCUUCCCCUCUCAAAAA